GGACGGCAGCCACAUAAAAGGCAGGCUCCAGCAGCUCCUGCCCAGUCCUCCCCAGCCUGUCCCUGUGUCCCUCCACCCCGGGCCCCUCCACCGUCCCUGCAUCAUGGGAGCCGCCUUGGGCCCCGGCCCACUGUUGUUGCUGCUGCCCUGUCUCCCCCUGGUCCUGGGGGAUCCCAUGUACUCCAUCAUCACCCCCAACAUCAUCCGCCUGGACAACGAUGAGACUGUGGUGCUGGAGGCCCACGACGUGGCAGCGGACAUCCCGGUCACUGUCACCAUCCACGACUUCCCGGCCAAGAAGCAAGUGCUGUUCAGUGAGAAGCUGGUGCUGACCAGCGCCACUGGUUACCUGGGCAACGUCACCUUCAAGAUCCCCAGCAACAAGGACCUCAAGCUGGGCAGUGGUCCCAAGUACCUGACGGUGCUGGCGUCGUUCGCGGACACGACGGUGGAGAAGGCCGUGCUGCUCAGCCUGCACAAUGGCUACCUCUUCGUGCAGACCGACAAGACCAUCUACACGCCCGGCUCCUCAGUCCUCUACCGGGUCUUCACCGUGGACCACAACCUGCUGCCCGUAGGCCGGACGGUGAUUGUCACCAUCGAGAACCCCGAAGGCGUCACUGUCAAGCGCUCCACCUUGUCCUCUCACAACCAGCAUGGAAUCUUGCCCUUGUCCUGGCCCAUUCCGGAGCUGGUCAACAUGGGACAGUGGAAGAUCCGGGCCUUCUACGAGAACUCACCACAGCGAGUCUUCUCAGCUGAGUUCGAGGUGAAGGAGUAUGUGCUGCCCAGUUUUGAGGUCAUCCUGGAGCCCAUGGAGAAAUUCUACUACAUCGAUGACCCACAGGGUCUGCAGGUCACCAUCAUGGCCAGGUUCCUGUAUGGGAAGAACGUGGAUGGAACUGCCUUCGUCAUCUUCGGGGUUCAAGAUGAAGACCAGAGGAUUUCGCUGGCCCAUUCUCUCACCCGCGUUGAGAUCCUGGACGGCCACGGUGAGGCCAUGUUAAAGCGACAGGUGCUGCUGGACGGGGUGGAUCCCAGUCAGCCCGAGGCCCUGGUGGGGAAGUCACUGUACGUGUCGGCAACCGUCAUCCUGCAAUCCGGCAGCGACAUGGUGGAGGCUGAGCGCACUGGGAUCCCCAUCGUGACCUCCCCUUAUAAGAUCCACUUCACCAAGACACCCACGUUCUUCAAGCCUGCCAUGCCCUUCGACCUCAUGGUGUUUGUCACCAACCCCGAUGGCUCCCCAGCGCGCCACGUGCCUGUGGUGACCCAGGACUCUGAUGUGCAAUCUCUGACCCAAGAAGAUGGCGUGGCCAAGCUGAGCAUCAACACGCCCAACAGCCGGCAGCCCCUGCCCAUCACCGUGCGCACCAAAAAGGAUGGUAUCCCAGAAGCCCGCCAAGCCACCAAUACCAUGCAGGCCCUGCCCUACACCACGCUAUACAACUCCAACAACUACCUACACCUCUCCUUGCCCCGCACGGAGCUCAAGCCCGGCGAGCCGCUGCACGUCCACUUCCACCUGCGCACAGACCCAGGCCAGGAUGCCAAGAUCCGCUACUACACCUACCUGAUCAUGAACAAGGGGAGGCUGCUGAAGGCGGGUCGCCAAGUGCGAGAGGCCGGCCAGGACCUGGUGGUCCUGCCCUUAACCAUCACCCCAGAAUUCAUCCCCUCCUUCCGCCUGGUGGCUUACUACACUCUGAUUGAUGCCAAGGGCAAGAGGGAGGUGGUGGCCGACUCUGUCUGGGUGGACGUGAAGGACACGUGUGUGGGCACGCUGGUGGUCAAAGGCGGCGGACGGGAUGGCCAGCAGCAUUUACCUGGCCAGCAGAUGACUCUCAAGUUAGAGGGCGACCGUGGGGCCCGAGUGGGGCUGGUGGCCGUGGACAAGGGCGUGUUCGUGCUGAACAAGAAGAAUAAACUCACUCAGAGCAAGAUCUGGGACGUGGUGGAGAAGGCUGAUAUUGGCUGCACCCCAGGCAGCGGCAAGGACUACGCAGGCGUCUUCACGGAUGCAGGCCUGUCCUUCAUGAGCAACAAAGCCCUACAGACGGAGCAGAGGAAGCAACUGGAGUGUCCCAAACCAGCUGCCCGCCAGCGUCGCUCAGUACAGCUCCAGGAGAAGAGGGCAGACAAAGCGGGCCAAUACAAGGACAAGGUACUGCGCAGAUGCUGCGAGGGCGGCAUGCGCGAGAACCCCAUGCAGUUCUCCUGCGACCAGAGGGCACGCUUCAUCGCCCUGGGCCAGGCGUGUGUGCAAGCCUUCCUGGACUGCUGCAAAUACCUAGCCCGGCUCCGUGAGCAGCACCGGCGGGAAGGGACACUGAGCCUGGCCAGGAGUGACCUGGAUGAAGACAUCAUCCCAGAAGAAGACAUUGUCUCCCGAAGCCACUUCCCAGAGAGCUGGCUCUGGACCAUCGAGGAGUUCAAAGAACCGGCUAAGAACGGAAUCUCCACGAAGAUCAUGAACGUGUUUCUGAAAGACUCCAUCACCACCUGGGAGAUCAUGGCCGUGAGCUUGUCCGAUAAGAAAGGAAUCUGCGUGGCCGACCCCUAUGAGGUCACGGUGAUGCAAGACUUCUUCAUUGACCUGCGGCUGCCCUACUCCGUGGUGCGCAACGAGCAGGUGGAGAUCCGAGCUGUCCUGUAUAACUACCGGGAGUCCGAGUCCCUCAAGGUGAGGGUGGAGCUGUUGUACAACCCAGCCUUCUGCAGCCUGGCCACGGCCAAGAAGAACCACCAGCAGACCGUGACGCUCCCGCCCAAGUCCUCGCUGCCCAUCCCUUAUGUCCUUGUGCCUCUGAAGAUCGGUCUGCAGGAGGUCGAGGUUAAGGCCGCUGUCUAUAAUCGCUUCAUCAGCGACGGUGUCAAGAAGACCCUGAAGGUCGUGCCCGAAGGGAUCCCCGUUAACAAAACUGUGACUGUUCGAACCCUGGACCCAGAAAACCUUGGCCAAGGGGGCUUCCAGAAGGAGGAGAUCCCCCCGGCCGAUCUCAGCGAUCAAGUCCCAGAAACCGAAGCAGAGACCAAGAUCCUUCUGCAAGGCACCCCUGUGGCCCAGAUGACGGAGGAUGCUGUGGACGGCGAGCGGCUGAAACACCUCAUCGUGACACCAUCAGGCUGCGGGGAGCAGAACAUGAUCUCCAUGACGCCCACGGUCAUCGCCGUGCACUACCUGGACCUCACCGAGCAGUGGGAAAAGUACCCCUUGGGCAAGCGGGACGAGGCUCUGGAGCUCAUCAAAAAAGGCUACACCCAGCAGCUGGCCUUCAAGCAACCCAACUCCGCUUAUGCAGCCUUCUUGAAUAGGCCACCAAGCACCUGGCUGACCGCAUAUGUGGUAAAGGUCUUCUCUCUGGCCGCCAACCUCAUCGCCAUCGACUCCCGGGUCCUGUGCGGGGCCGUGAAGUGGCUAAUCAUGGAGAAGCAGAAGCCGGACGGGGUCUUCCAAGAGGACGCGCCCGUGAUCCACCAAGAAAUGAUUGGUGGCUUCCGGAACUCUGCAGAGAAGGAAGUAUCGCUCACGGCCUUCGUGCUCAUCGCCCUGCAGGAGGCAAGAGAGAUUUGCGAGGAACAAAUCAAUAGCUUGCCAGCUAGCAUCAGCAAGUCCAAGGACUUCAUCUCAAAAAACUACCUGAACCUACAGAGGCCCUACAGCAUAGCCAUUGCAGGCUAUGCACUGGCCCAGCAGGAAAAACUGCAAGGGGAAAUGCUCAACAAGUUCCUGAGCACAGCCAAAGACAGGAAUCGCUGGGAGGAACCUGGCCAGCACCUCUACAACGUGGAGGCCACGUCCUACGCCCUCUUGGCCCUGCUGCGCUUGCGCGACAUGGACUCUUUGCCUGCCGUUGCGCGCUGGCUCAACGAACAGAGAUACUACGGUGGUGGUUAUGGUUCUACCCAGGCCACCUUCAUGGUGUUCCAAGCUUUGGCCCAAUACCAAGUGGAAAUGCCGGACCACAAGGACUUGAACUUGGAGGUUUCCAUCAAGCUGCCCAGCCGCAGCUCCGCAGUCAAGCAUCUCAUUCUGUGGGAAUCCGCAAGCCUGCUGCGGUCAGAAGAGACCAAGCAAAAUGAGGGAUUUACCGUAACGGCCCAAGGGAAAGGCCAAGGCACGCUGUCGGUGGUGACCACGUACUACGCCAAGGUCAAAGACAAAGUCAGCUGCAAGAAGUUUGACCUGAGGGUCAACAUCAGACCAGCUCCCGACACAGCAAAGAAGCCGCAGGAUGCGAAGAGCACCAUGAUUCUUGACAUCUGUGCCAGGUACCUGGGAGACGAGGAUGCCACCAUGUCCAUUCUGGACAUUUCCAUGAUGACGGGCUUCGUCCCUGACACAGAUGACCUCAACCUGCUCAGCAAUGGCAUCGACAGGUACAUCUCCAAGUACGAGCUAAGCAAAGCCUUCUCCCACAAAAACACACUCAUCAUCUAUCUGGACAAGAUCUCCCACAUUGCGGAGGACUGCCUGUCCUUCAAAGUUCAUCAGUUCUUCAACGUGGGGCUGAUCCAGCCUGGGUCGGUCAAGGUUUAUUCCUACUAUAACCUGGAGGAAGCGUGCACUGUAUUCUACCACCCGGACAAAGAGGAUGGCAUGCUGAGCAAGCUAUGCCACAAGGACAUGUGCCGCUGUGCCGAGGAAAACUGCUUCCUGCAGCAACCAGAUAACAAAGUCACCGAGAACGAACGGCUGGACAAGGCCUGUGAGCCCGGGGUGGACUAUGUGUACAAGACCAGGCUGGUCCGGAUGGAGAAAUCGAAUGACUUUGACGAGUAUUUAAUGGUCAUUGAGAACACCAUCAAGUCAGGCUCAGAUGAAGUGCAGGCCGGGCAGGAGCGCCGCUUCAUUAGCCACAUCAAGUGCAGAGAUGCGCUCAAACUCAAGGAAGGAAAACACUACCUCGUGUGGGGACUCUCCUCCGACCUGUGGGGCGAGAAGCCCAACACCAGAUACCUGAUCGGCAAGGACACGUGGCUGGAGCUGUGGCCUGAGCAGGACGAAUGCCAGGACGAAGAGAACCAGAAGCAGUGCCAGGACCUGGCCUCCUUCACCGAGAACAUGGUCGUCUACGGCUGCCCUAACUGACCCCAAUAAAGGCCUGCGUCACCUGA